AGACAUGAGUGAAUAAUGUUUACCACUCACGCUGCGGAAUCUAUGAGGAGUCGAAACUUUAGUCAGGUAUUGCCUCAUUAAUUCGACCCGAAAAAGCUCAAUUCAAGCUGCAAUCUCUCGAAAUCAUCGCACUUGAGGAUAUACCCGCAGCUGCAUCGAUUGAAUGAAAUCAUGAGGAAUAAAAACACGAAGAUUGUUGCGAGUUUUACUAACGUGACUAUCGAUCCUAGCUUUUGAAAACGCCGAGCCAGGUACUUCGGCGCAGACUUUUUUUUUUUUUUUGCGGGUGUACCUGUGCUUACGUGGCACUUAAUUUAUUUUUUAUAGGGAGACCGGUUUAAAAAUAACGAUUUUUAGGUGUUUUGUCCACUUUUUUUAUCGCGGCGAUACGAUGUAUUUUCAGAGGUUUAGUAAGUUGCGUGGCUGGGACUAGUUUACUUGGGCUGGGCAGCCAAUCAGCGUGAAACCGCAGUAACACUUACUAUUUCUACUUUAAUUUCAUCCUCUUUUGAUUUAUUCCAACGAUAACCUUCAAAAACAGCCUCGUACUGCACCCUUCAGAUAUUGACAGCAGGUUUCGAGGCGAGGUUUCAUAAGGAAGAGAAGUGUCAAAGCUGUGUGUGUGUGUUUUUGGUUGGUAAAAUGGAUGCGGGAAUAGAGAAGGAGUGCAGCGCUUUGGGAGGGCUCUUCCAAACCAUCAUGAACGAUAUGAAGGCGAGUUAUCCUGCCUGGGAGGACUUUGUCACCAAAGGUGCUAAGCUGCAAUCACAACUGAGGACAACAAUCAUCGUAACUAGCUCAUUCCUGGACGCUUUCCAGAAAGUCGCUGACAUCGCAACUGGAACACGAGGAGCAACGAAAGAGAUCGGAUCUGCCUUGACCAGAAUGUGUAUGAGACACAGAAGCAUUGAGAACAAACUCAAAUUGUUCACCACGGCUCUAAUGGAUAACUUGAUCAGUCCUCUGGAAAUGAAAAUAGAAGAAUGGAAAAAGGUUGCCAGUCAGCUGGAUAAAGAUCAUGCCAAAGAAUACAAAAAAGCACGUGCAGAGAUCAAGAAGAAAUCUUCAGACACAAUUAAACUGCAGAAGAAAGUUAAAAAAGGUAAAGAUGAUGUGCGCAUGCAGUUGGACAGCGCUCUUCAGGACGUCAACAUGCGCUACGCUGUGCUGGAAGAGACCGAGAAGAGAGCCGUGUGUCGAGCACUUGUAGAGGAAAGAGGAAGAUUCUGUUCCUUUGUCACAAUGCUCAAACCUGUCCUGGAUGAAGAAAUAAGCAUGCUUGGAGAAGUCCAUCAUUUGCAGACGAUUCUAGAAGAUCUUGGCAACCUGACAGCCGAUCCCAACACUUUGCCCCCUGCUAGUGAACAGGUUAUUCUUGAUCUUAAAGGCUCGGACUACAACUACUCAUAUCAGACUCCACCUGCGUCUCCUAGCAACACGCUGUCACGCAAGAGCAGCAUCAGCAGUAACUACACCUCUGUGCGUCAUGUUCCCUCUCUGGACUCCAUCUCCAGUGCAGUGGAUGGGCUUCAUCUGCGAGCACCUGAUGCAACACAGGAGAAGAGCAGUGUUAACAGUCAGCCUUGGCAAGGUCAGAUCACUCCUGGCACAGAAAACGGGACCUCCAUGCCCCCACCACACAAACCUUACAGCGGGCAUGAGGAGAGGGCCAGGACACUGUCCACCUCAGGCAAGCCACAGAAAUCCAGGGAGCAGCUGGGUCUUACUCUUGGAGGCGGGUUUAAUUCAGAUGCUCCUCGAACAAGUCAAGAUUCCCUCCACUGCUCGAGUGGAUACAGCACGCAGACUACUACACCAUCCUGCUCGGAAGACACAAUACCUUCACAGCAUGAUUAUGACUAUAUCUCUCUGCACGGUGGAGAGGACUGCCACGGUCAGUCCGAUUUUGAUAAGUCAUCCACAAUCCCUCGCAACAGCGACCUGAGUCUCAAUUACCGCAAAAUGUUUCAAAGCAAGCGUCCAGCAUCCACCGUCAGUCUGUUGAUGGAUCCGGAGCCUAUCGGGCCGCACACAGCCACUAUUCGCCGCAAACCCUCCAGUAAACCCAACAUCCGUCGUGGAACCAUCAGUGGAGGAGUGCCCAUACCCAUCUUAACACCACAGGUGCCGCUGAAGGUGUCCAUUUCUAGUACCGGUCUGAGUGGCAGUGAGGAGACUGUUUGUCCAUCUGGGGUGACUCAGAAUAACAGGGCACCUGGCUCAGAUCUGACUCACACCACACAUAAUCUCUGUACGUCCACCCAGAGUCUGAGUGCCAUGCCACCUCCAUACUAUUCCAUGUUCCCUGGGCAGCCACCGGUGGGCAGCUCAGAGCAGCUGUAUCAGAUGAGCAAGCAACAACAGUAUGCAUUGCACCAACAGCAACAGAGGCAAUAUCAACAACAGCUGCAGAACCAAUAUAUUCAACAACAUAAUCAUCAACAACACAAUCAACAGCAACAACAGUACAAUCAACAACCGCAACAACAAUAUAAUAAACAACAGCAAUAUAACCAACAGCAGCAACAGUAUAAUCAACAACAGCCACAACAGUACAAUCAGCAGCAACAGUUUAAUCAACAGCAGGAGCAGCAAUAUCAACAACUGGUACAUCAAAAGGAGAGAGAGCAGAAGUUGAAACAACAGCAGCAUGUAAUGCGUCAGUGUCAACAGCAGCAACAUGAAAAUCAACAGCAGCCACAGAAUAUUUCUACUCACAAUUCCAGCAUGCCACUUGCAAGUGGUUCGCCUAAUUCCGACCAGCCUGUCUUGGAUCGUUCCAACGAUGUUCCUGAUUCUAGCAGUGGAAGUGAGAUGUUGAGCAUGAUCCGUAGAGUCAAACUUCGCCGGACAAUUACCAACGACCGUUCGGCGCCUUUCAUCACCCCAAACCAUCUCAACUGAUUUCUGUUCAAAUUCUUUUAAUUCUUCUGAUGCUUUUGACAUAAUUUGCCUUUUCUGAAUAUUUUUUUUAUGUAACAAGACAUCUUUUCAAGCCUUUUUUAUUGUUGUAGUUUGCACACAUUUUUUAUUUUUUAGCGGAGGCACAACUGUUGACAAAUGUACUACUCCUGCCACAUGAAAAGACUUUUUGAUUCUGGAAAAUCAAUUUUGAUUUAACUACACUGUGUGUGAACAAUCUUUUUUUAAACCACAAUGUUAUGUCUGUGCGAAUGUUGCCUCUCAACAAAUUAAAAUUAAAUUCCACAGGCUGUGUGCUUUACGCUAUAUAUACAGAUAUAUAUAUAUAUAUAUAUAUGUAUGUAUUUAGAUAUAUAGAUCAAGCAUUGGAGCUUAAGAUAUAUAGACCUUAUUUGUUUAUGUUGUAUGUGCAGAAGAAAACAGCACUCAGCCUUUAUUAACUGUGGUUAGAGAUCAAAAAGUUCUGUAUAUAUUAGCAAAAUGAUUGAAAGGCUGUUGUAUUAUUUUUGUUUUUCCAUUUGUUUUUUAAAUUAGUUAAAGCAGCACUAGGCGUCUAUUUUUGUACAAACUGCACCACUGCCUUUAAUCCGCCCAAUUACUGGACAUGCAAUGCAGUUGCAAUUAAUGCAGCCCAUGAGAGGAAAGGAGGGAGGGAAGAAGAGUUGUGACUGGGUGGAUGAAUGAAGGACUGGAAUAGUGGAUCAUAUUUGUGUUGCUUAUGAUGACUGUGAGAGCUUACGAGGCGUCACUGUGGUUAUUUAUUCAACCUGUUUGAUUCUGAAUCAUUUGUUUACCAAAUCUUUGAUGCAGUUGCCUCAUAGAUGCAUAUAAACCUGCUCUCCUGGAUGAUUCGGUAUAAAGAUUUUGACCCAUUUUGACUUGUUUUGAACAUUUUUUUUGUUUGUUUGUUUAGUUGUUAUACCAGGAAAAUCUGUGAUUCAAAACAGUUGCAAAAAUUGCAUGUCUGAUGCAUAGCUUUUCUUAAAAACUUGUUUUUUUUGUUUGUUUUUUUUUUACCUGAAAGAGGAAUAUUUUAUCAAAGUCAAAGUGCCCCCGUUCCUCAAAUAUGCAAAUACAAAGCUUAUUUAAUGAAAAUGGAAAGCAAUAGAAUAUUAACCUACUUAAUGUCCCAAAUCUCAUUAAGCAACUUAAUGCAUCUUAAUGAAUCAUUCUAACCCUAAACCUCAAUAAGAAGCUAACAUUAUUCACACAAGGGGAAUCCAAACAGCUUUCUAUUGCCGUUUUGACAAACGCUUCUCCUAAAAAGGUAUCUCAGAGGACGUUUGGAAUGAAUGUUCACAACUGAAAUAGCAAUUCUGUUCUUUAUCAGAGUAUUUUUAUUUUAUUUUUAUUUGUGUGUUACUUUAACUUUACAUUUAAGGCUGUGCCUAGUUAGGCCUUUACUGAAAUAUCUUCAGGCAUUUGAUGAAUGUUAUUUUAAAAGCAAAUGGUAAGCCUAGUUCAGAUGCUUCCCCAUUUUUGGUUAAUCCUUUUUAAUUGAUUUUUCUAAAUACAUUUCAUUUAGAGUUUGCUCUGCGUGUGGAUUACCCCGAAUUUUGUUGGUUUGUUGUGAUGCACUUUUUUUAAUUUUGCUACGCUUCCCUCUUGUUUUCUUACAGGAAAGCUAAUGCUGGACGUUUGCUUUCAAGCAUAAAAGUGCACCACCAAUGCUAUGGUUUUCAUUGCCUUUUAACAUAUUAAAUAUCAGGUUCAUUUCAUCAAGCAUCAUUUUUAUAACAUCUCUAAAUGAGAUUGUUGACAUCGUAUGAAUUCUUAAAGGUACAGGUCCCCCAAAAUGGAAAAUUCUGCCAUCGUUUACUCACCCUUAUGUUGUUUUUAACCUUUAUGACUUUUUGUUAGUCGGUUUUGUUUAGUCUCUAACACCAUUCCCUUUUGUUGUAUCUUUUUUUUUUCCCUCUAUACAAUGAAAGUGAAUGGUGACUGAGACUAUUAUUCCACCCAACAUCUCAUUUUGUGUGCCAUGGAAGAAAAGAAAAUCAUAUAGGAUUCAAACAACAUGAUGGUGCGUGAUUUUAUUUAUUUUGUUUUUACUAUGAAUAAUACAAAAAUAGCAUUGAUGAGACUAAUGAGCAAUAUCACAAGAGCAUAAGUGCUGUUGUACUGGGUAUCAUUAUAUUUUGAGUAACUUUGAGUUAUUUUUCUGCAAUGAUGAAUACAGUUCCAAACUAAACCACUUGUCCAAUUUAUGAAGCCCUUCAGAGGAGAGAAUUUAUUUUCUGAAAUACUUAGUUCCCUUGCAGUAUCUGUAUUCAUCCCUGAAGAAAAUUAACCAUGGUUUUACUACAGUAACCAUUGUUCAACUAUUGUAUUUAUAGUAAGCCUAUAGUAACCACAGAAUUUACCAUGGUUUUACUACAAUAACUAUAGUUCAACAAUGGUAUUUGUAGUUAAACCGUAACCGAAAAAAUGAACCAUGGUGUACUACAGUAACCAUAUUUUAACCAUGAUAUGCGUAGUAAAACCAUAGUAAUAAAACGGGAAAACAUAAACUAUGGUAAUAAAAAAACAGUCAUUCUGCCAAAGGAAAAAAACUAUUUUACAAUAGUAACAUCAUGGUUAGUUUAUGGCACGAGUAUGUUUUUAAAAACAUGGUUUUACCAAAAAAAAAACAUGUCCUCACAAAAAUUUUCCAUGAAUUCACUACAGUAAACCUGCAGUAACCAUGUAACCAGUUUUAAAAACCAUGGUACAUGUACCACAAAUUAACUAUGGUGUUACUAUAGGAAAACGAAUCAUGUUUUUAUCUUAUUUACUUUUUGGGGGGAAGAAUGAUUAUGAUAUUUAGUACCAUAGUGGUUUUCCUGUAUUAUUACUAUGGUUUUUACCACAAAGAUCAUGGUUAACAUAUGGUUACUGGAGUAAAGUAGAAAAACCAUGGCUAAUUUUCAUAGGGAUUAGAGGGAUAGAAAAUAAAUUACCUCCCUGUCCUCUAAGGGGAUCCAUACCAAUUAAAGUUGAGCACCGGAACUGCCUUCAGUAACAUUGAAUAUGACACACAUCUAACCAUGAUGCUACAUGUAAUGAACUUGAUAUUCAGAAAUAUCCCUCUAAGUCUUGUGUGUGUUUGUGUGAGUGAAAUGCUCCUCUGCAGUCCGACAGCACCUCUCGGUCAUUUAUUAUUUCCGUCUCACACAUGUGCUGGCAGGUGUGCUUUUGUUUUCUCAGCCAAACAAUGGAGGCAAAUUUAAAAUGGCUAUGAAAUGUCUCCACAACAGUUUUUUUUUCCCCAUAUCUUACCUCAUUCUUCUUUUACCGCUCGCCACUUUCCUUUUUCAUCUUAUUCUCCAUCUAGGGUUACUCCACACCUGUCUGGCAGUGGAUAGGAUUUCUCAACCCUUCUCCAUACUUAUACUCAAUUCUCCGGUGUCUGCAGUGAUUUAGACUCUUCCAAAGAAGUUCAGCUCUGACACAAUAGUCUUCAGGCCUUUUACUGUAGGACUGGCUUGCAGCUGCUGUACGACAAAUGUCUGAGGUUUUUAAUUUGUGAAAAGGAGACUUUCACUUGUUUUCUUUUCUGAGAUACAGGUUGGUUUAACCCUAGCGAGUGUUGCCUUCUAAGGUACCGUGAUAUGUCCUUUAAGUGCUGGUGUAAGUCCAGGUUUUUAUCAUGUUAAUAAUAAAAACCUACAGUAUUUUUCAUACAGUUGCCAUUCACAGGAGGGUUCAAUUCAUUAAGUGUGAUGAGAAGGCCUUUGUUAAUGAUUGAUUUGAGAUUUAUGCUACAGUACUGACGUUGAGAGUGUGCUUGUGGUCUCUGAUGUGAUUGAGCUGAGAAUGGUUGACCCCUGCUGUGUGUGCAAGUGUGUGCUAGAGAGUUGAUCUCUCAAGGUUUAGAUAUCUCUUUCUCUGUGCGACAAUAUGUUUCUAAUGUCUGUAGUCAAUGCUGAAGCCUCAAACAAAAUGGAAUGUGGGUUUUAAAAUAUACCAAUGUUGAAAAGGAAAUAUCUGAGUCCUUGUUUUGAUUUGCUUCACUUCAUGUUUUGAAAAUGUUUUUAAUCCAUGCUUAUGCAUUAGGGCUGUAACGGUACAUGUGUCCGCGCUGAACCGAAUGGAUACAGGGCCUUCGGUACAGUACAUGCAGUCGCACAAAUGAUUACAUAUCUUAGCAUGUGUGAAACCAAUAUUAAAACAACAUAUAACGAACAACACAAACCGUGUAGAACUAAAAUGAAAAAAGAUUGCGGAGCAAUACGUUGUUUGGGAGUAUUAUGGUUUCUCAGUAAACUACAGUAAUACUGGGCAAUGAGUAGUGAACUGUGUGUCGGCUCUGUUGCACUGGUAUCACAUCAAACAUGAUGACUCAUUUGCGGUGACAUCAUCCACAUGUGUCUCUUGACCUUACGGGAGCAAAGCAUAAACAGCCUGUGCAAGUUAGUCUCGCCACGGCGUUUAAGCAGCCUCUCGCUGCAAGCUCAGACAGAGCUAAAGGGAUAACGAACGCCAUAGGAGUAUUACUGCUGCAGAUAUGCGACCAUACUCAGUCAUCAAGAACACAGGAUAUAAGCAUCAGCUUAACGUGCUUGAGCCCCUUUAUAAAGUUCCUACAAGAAUGCAUUUCAGCAAUUCUGUAGUGCCCGCAUGGGACAUUGUCAGUGCUAACAGAUCCACUCUCUCCUCUGAUAAUAUGGAUAUUCUGAUUUUCCUGAACAAACAACUUGAAAAUUGAGUGAUAAGUACAAGCGGUGAGCUGAAAGGCAAAAGAUACACAAAUCUGCACUGCUAAUGUCUUAAUUUUGUCACAAUUAUUAUAAUUGCACUUUUUUUACUUUUAUUAUUAUUUAUGUUUUUAUUCAAUGUGCAUAUAAGAGGCUCUUAAGUUUUGUAUUGUAAGUUCGUUGAAGAAAUAUGCAUAAAUGAGCCUUCACAAUCAGCCACUGUUUUCAAAAUAAAUGAUUUAAAGAAAGACUCUUUGUUUUCCCUGCUGUACCGAAACCAUACCAAACCAUGACCCCAAAUCCAAGGUACGUUGGAACCGUGAAUUUUGUUUACCGUUGCAGCCCUAUUAUGCAUACAUUUAUCUCAAAUCUGCCAUUUAUAUUAUUACAGUGAUUGCAAGACAGCACUAUUGAUAUUCCUGUUUGUAUUGUUUUCUAUCAUUUUCUACAACUAUUAUAGCUUGUAUUACGUAAAGUACCAAUUCCAAAGUACUUUUUAAGAAAUGUAUUAAAGUUUGACCAUGUCGGUUUCAAUUUCAUCAAAAAAUUGCGUUAUUUUUGUAUAAUAAUAAAAAAAAUUAAAAAUACAUAUUUUAAGUUCAAUUUAGUUAAGCAUUACACAAUUCAACUAAAAAACAAAUCGCAUUUGUACAUCUUAACUGAGCGUCGCCACUUCUCAUAGAGCAUUUUUGCGUGGCAGAUAGCGUAAUGUGACAGUGAAUAACAGUCAGCAUGGUCAAACCCUCUGCAAGAAAUAAUAUUCUGAAGUUUCGGACGUUGAAUCCUCUGCUGUGAGUAAUGUUCCUGUAUUUGUGAGGUGCUGUGGAGAACUUAAACUUAUU